AUGCUUAACACGAUGGAAAACGCUUACUGCCGCUUCUGUGCUGAGCCUAAAAGCGCGGACAAAUUAUUAAGCCUUGAACUAGACUCUAACAAACGCAAUGAAGUGGUGUUAAAGCUUGCUUUUUUAAACGCAAUCUACGUAGAUAUUUGUUCAAGAGAUAGCCUUCCAAAAACGGUUUGUUUCAUCUGCUUUGACUCUUUAAACAAAGCUUACGAGUUUCUGGAUCGAGUGAAGAAAUCACAAGAUGUUUUAUCAACCAUUUUCUCAUCACACGAAAGUACAAAAUACGAUUUAUCAGACGACGACAGAGGCGCAUUUGACGAUUAUUUGGGAUGUGACACAGUACCUGAACAUGCUUCUAAUAUCAAACAAGAACACGUAUCGUCUGACAGCCGCAGUGCUACAAACUACAGUGCUGAUAUCAAAUUAGAACCAAAAGAAGAACUAUCUGAGACUACAAGUCUCCAACACUCUUCAGAAACCUUUGAACAAGCGUUGAAUGUGCAGGAUUUACUUGGAGCAGCAUUGAAUAGAUCGUUCAGUCCGAAUGUUCAAAUUGUGGCAGACUAUGGUAAUGAAAUAAAUGACCAUAAGAUAUCAUCGUGGAAACAGUUUUCCUGGCUGUGUUCGUACUGCAACACAGGCUUUCCAGAUGUGGAUUUGUUGAGAGCGCAUGCUAAAACAUCACAUGGAAAAUGUUCAGCAUUCUCUUGUGCGGAUUGCACAGACACCAUGAAGAAAGAUGACUUUAAUUGGUUUAUUAGACAUGUACGAAAACAUAAAAAGAAUUUAAAGAGUUACUGUCAAUAUUGCGAUGAAAAAGUUGACUUACAAACAGAUACGCAUAACAUGAAAACACAUAUUAAAGAACACUUCAAAGAAAUGACAACACAGUGUCGAGCAUGUGGAGAAAUAUUACCAAAUAAAGAAGAACUACAACAACACACGGAAAUGUAUUUCACACAGAAACGAAAACGAAAACCUAGACGAAAACCAGGGACGCCAAUAACAGUAGAAGAUUUAACAUGUCACAUUUGUAAAAACGUCUACAAGAAUCCUAACAGUCUUCGAGAUCACAUAAAAAGACACAAAUCGGACCGUAAAAGGAAUUACACUUGUGACCGCUGUGGUAAAACAUUUUUCAAUAAAGGUACAUUGACAUCACACAUUAUGACACAUGAUCAAAUACGUCCUCACACUUGUAGGAUAUGUAACAAAUCAUUCCUAUACCCAAAUAUGUUAAGACGACAUGUGGAAAUGCAUACAGGUGUAAAACCGUUUUCUUGCGAAGUGUGUGGACGAUGUUUCAGACUACAAUAUCAGUUGAAUGCACAUAAAAUUAUACAUACUGAUAACAUGCCUUACGUCUGUCAGUAUUGUAGUAAAGCGUUCAGAUUUAAACAAAUUUUAAAGAACCAUGAACGUCAGCAUACUGGUGCUAAGCCUUAUAGUUGCGAAGCUUGCGGCAUGGAGUUUUCUAAUUGGUCGAAUUAUAACAAACACAUGAAGAGACGGCAUAAUUUAGACACGUCUAAGAAGAAAAUUACUCCAGAAGGUGUUUUUCCAAUUAACCCCUUAACAGGUCAGAUAUUUCAAGUUGAUACGCAAGGAAUGGAAGAGUGGAAGAGCAAAAUCAUGAUACCUGGCAAACGAGGAAAGAAAAAAGUGAUUAAACAAGAAAAUCCUGAUACAUAGCAAUUAGUCUGCUGACUACCAUUAUUAUUAUUAGGGUGGCUUCAUUCGGUGCCUAUGCAGCCCCUCAUCACUGCAACCAUCAACUUAUCAAUUGUGAUCACCACUAAUUACAGUACAGAGCCAAGGCCGACAGCACACAAGAACUGAAGGACUUUCUUGGCUUCGACAGUUUUUAUAUCCUCUGGUUGUAGCCUGUGCCUGAUGACCACCAUACUUUAACUAGAACACCGCACAUCAAUGAUGAUUAUAGCAAUUAAAUGCUGAAGAUUUAGAGGAAAGUUGUGACUGGCCCACGCAAAAUAGGCGCCUUGAGGCCGAGUUGCGGACACCAGCCCAUUACACCAAGUACCAUGUUGUGACUGGCGUGAAAUCUCAUUUACACGAGUUGAAACCAUAUUAAUGUUUGAGUUUGCCUAUUGUAUGUCAAAUUCUAUGAGAAUGUUUUAUUUUAUAUUCAAUGUACAUGAAAAAAAUUAUAUAUGUGUUCAAGGGUAGUUUUAAGACUGAAAGGGUCCAACCUACCCCUUGAAAACUUAAUAAGUACCUAAUUUGUUUUUAAUGUCUUAAUUUAUUAAUUUUUAAAAUGCAGUAUUAUUUAUGUGUAGUUUCUGUGUUGCAAUUUGUAUUUUAAAACUUCACACAAUAUUUUACUUUAGUCGCGCCACCUUGUAAAGUGUUUUAGUUUAUUUUUAAAUUUUAAGUAAGUUAUUCGUAAUACCUAAAUACUUUUCAUUAUAGGAAUUGCCAUAAUAGUGAAUUAUUUUAAUUUAAUAUAAGCAUAUUGUUGGUUUGUUAACCAAGCCGUUGAUCACAAAGCAUCACAGUAUUCUUAUGAAUCGCAAUAAUCUAUUAUUUAUUAAGGACGAAAUGGUUACAAAAUAAUUGUAAAA